CCGCGGAGAAGCAGCCUCCGGGACUGGAGUCAGAGAUAUGGAGGAUGGGAACAGGUGCAAGACCUGAAAGUUAACCAGGGAACCAACAGGUUUGAAAGUCUGGCGGCGAAGUCUGAAGUCUCAUCAUGUCGCUUACACUGUUUCUGAAGAAGAUUUCUAACCUCGGCGGCAAAUAUGACAGACUCAUCUCGGCCACAUUCAGAGGUUACACGUACUCUGCUAGAAGACCACAGUGUGAAUAUGAGGCUAUCAUCAAUGAGGAGUUCACCUGGCCUCAUUAUGGAGGAGACAUUAUGGAAGAGAUGUUGGAGAUCAAAGUGUACAACCAUAGCAAGAUCUUCAGUAAUAGGCUGUUGGGCCACAUGCGGAUCAGUCUUCAACAGGUGACUAAAACUGGCCGAUUGGUUCUCAGGGAAGCUCUGGUUGACAAGAACAAUUCUCUCACAGAUAUUUUGGUAGAUCUGGAGAUCCGAUACCAGCCAGUGGAAGGAGCUGUGGGGACAUGGGCAGAAAAUGACUUUGUGGUUGAUAUGAAUGACAGUGCUCUAAUUAUCCAAAAUAGAAAUGUUGAAGAUCCCAGCACCUACGAUCUGGAUAAAGCUGAACAACUGGAUAAAGAGACGAGAUCUCUUGGGCGGAAGUUAGUCAACGAUAAUGACAAUGAAGAUGAAGAUGAUGUUGAUAUCUCUGAAAUUGAUAUCAGUUCUGUAUCUUUCACACCACAGAAAAGUCGUUCUAGGUUUUUCACCAAGGCAGAUCUACAUACACCCAGAAUACAGAAUUUUCAGAUUGCAGUUACCAUAUUCGAGGCACGAAAGUUAAUCGGUGUCAACAUCGACCCUGUAGUUCAUGUGAAAGUGGGAGAUGAGAGAAAGCACACAUCUACACAGAAGUCCACUAAUUGCCCAUUUUAUAACGAGUAUUUUAUCUUCGAGUUCCAAGAGCCUGCAGCUGUCUUGUUUGAUAAAAUCAUUGAAAUUAUUGUUGUUCAUGCAAAAAAAAUCCCAUUCACUGGAGUUCAACUGGGAUUGUUUAGGAUUGACGCGGGGACCGUUUAUCAGCAGCCUGAUCAUGGUUUUUAUCAGAAAUGGGCCAUUCUGACUGACCCUAAAGACACGAAAAGUGGCAUUAAAGGCUUUGUGAAGUGUACGAUUACAGUGUUAGGGAAAGGUGAUAUGCAGGGGGGUAAUCCUGGUGUCAUCACCACACAGGAUGAAGAUGUUGAAAGGAAUCUCCUGCUUCCAAAACAAGUGCCACUUGAGAGACCCUGGGCUAAAUUCUACAUCAAGUUAUAUAAGGCAGAAGAUCUCCCCAGCAUGAACUCUGGAUUUAUGGGGAGUCUUUCAAAAAUUCUAGGAGAACAUAAAGUUUUCAUUGAUCCUUACAUCCAAGUCACUUUUGCAGGACAGCAGGGAGAAACAUCAGUGGAAAGCAACACAACAAACCCAGUAUGGAAUGAACAAAUCACUUUUGUUGAGAUGUUUCCACCACUUGCUCGACGUAUCAAAAUUCAAGUCAUUGAUGAUGCUAACAUCAAUGAUGUUGCUAUAGCAACUCACUUCCUCAAUUUACACGAGAUAUCUGAUCCCAGAAUAAAUGCUGGUUUCUACCCAACCUUUGGCCCAGCAUGGGUUUACCUCUAUGGCUCUCCUCAGAAUUCCGUGCUCAGGGAUGCUUACAGGGAUCUGAAUGAGGGCCUAGGAGAAGGGAUAUUUUACCGAGGGCGAAUUCUUAUAGCUGUGUCAGUAGAUGUUUUCAGCUCAAUUUCAGCCAUUCAAAGUGACAAAGGGAAGAAGUCAAAGGGCACCUUCAAACUCAGAAAAAAGAGCAAAAAAUCCAAAUCUAAGUCUAAGGCAAAAGAAGAGAGUCAUAGUCAAAAUGAAGAUGAAGAUGCUGCAAAUGCCCUGGAGCAGCCAAGUGCAAUGGAAGUGAGCGUUGAUACCAUUCACCCUGUGCCAGAAUCUGUUACAGGUGAAAAAGAAGAAUUUCUUCUUUUUGCUGGAUUUUUUGAGGCAACCAUGAUUGAUCCAUCAGUCCGGUCACGGCUUCUCACCUUUGAAGUGUCAAUAGGUAACUGUGGCAAAUUGGUAGAAGUUGUCACAAAAAAGAAAAAAGAAGAGAAAGUGGAAGGGAGUGAAGAGAAGAGAUCUUUACUGGAUUCAAGAGAUUCCGAAGAUGAAUUGGAGAAUACCGAAGUUAGUUUGUCUCCAAAAGAUAACUCAAUUACACCACCCAGAAAGGCUGAGAACACUGAGUAUGACAGGUCAUAUUGCUGUGUUCCAUACCUCUACGAGAAACCAUGUGUGUAUAUCUGGAGCUCUUGGGAAGACUAUUCUUGGCGCUUGUAUAACUCCAAUGUACUUGCAAAGAUUGCAGAGAGACUGGAAGAUGGGCUUGAUGAAUUGCUUCACAUGGUGAAGAGACCAAAGUCUGAACCAGAGAAUUACCUCUGUCAAGUCUUGAAUGAGUUUGUUGCAGGCUGCAGACAAUACCACAUUUAUGCUGAAAAGAAAACCGUGAAUCGGCCCAACGCUCUGGACAGAUGUCGAAUUAAGACCUUGAAGUGUAAUAUUAUUAAUCAUGCGAAACAGGCACUAAGAAUUAUGAAACGAAAGGAGAAGAAUAUAAAGGAGAAGCUGAAUGAACUACAGACACUACUGGAGAAGUUCAAAAGACGAGUGGAGGAGCCUCAAACACCUAUUCCAGACAUCUUUAUCUGGAUGCUGAGCAAUGGGAAGCGUGUGGCAGUUGCGCGCAUCCCUGCACGACAGAUUCUUUACUCAGUAGUGGAAGAAGAAAAAGGAAAAGACUGUGGCAAAAUUCAAUCCAUCAUCAUGAAGGCACAAGGUGCACCUAUUGGGGAGAUUUUUGCUAAACUGGAGGUUUACAUGUGGCUGGGAGUCACAAAAUCUACUAAAAACAUCAUCAACAGUCUGCCCCAGGAAUAUAUACCAGUCUAUGAAGAAGUGAAAAUGGACACCACACGGAUACUGCCACCUAUCAAGCUCAACAGUGAUUAUAACAGUUAUUUCCAGCUGCGAGCUCACAUGUACCAAGCCCGAGGACUGCUUGCAGCCGAUGACACUGGAUUAUCAGAUCCCUUUGCAAGAGUUGUGUUUUCAACUCAGUGUCAAUCAACCAGAUACUUGGAAGAAACUUUGUCUCCAAUGUGGUCUGAGAUGUUGUUGUUUGAUCAAAUCCUAAUUGAGGGAAGUAAAGAAGAAUUGAAGAAUGACCCACCCAUAAUCAUCAUUAAUAUCUUCGACUUUGACAACUUUGGCAGCCCGGAAUUCCUUGGACGUGCUUUUGCAGUUCCUAAGAUUAAACUGCAGGAUGAACAAUAUGAGAAACCAUCCUUAGAAUUUCAUGACAUUUACAAAGGCCAGACAAGGGGUGGUGAACUGCUGGCAGCUUUUGAACUGAUAGAACUUGAUUACAGUGGAUAUGGAGAGCCUUCUCUGCCAGAAGAUGUGGAAUCCAGGCAUCCGGAAUUUCUUGAUGUACAGGAGAAACAUUUCAUUAUUCCUGCAACAAUCCGGCCAAGGCUCAAGAAGUUCAGAAUUGAGGUUCUUUUCUGGGGACUCCGGGACCUUAAACGUAUAAACCUUUUUGAAGUGGAGCAGCCCCAAGUGACAAUGGAAUGUGGUGGUCAGAAAGUGGAGUCUGAAAUCAUCGCAAGUUACAAGGAGAACCCAAACUUCACUGAACUUGCAAAAUAUUUUGAAGUGGAGCUGCCAGAGCAAAUGUACUUACACCCACCCCUGAGCAUCGUCGUGGUGGAGCAGCGAGCAUUUGGGCGCACAGUCCUUGUGGGCUCUUACACUGUCACAAACCUGCAGCAGUUUUCCCUGAAGGAAUUGGAGGAGAAUCCAAACCAAGAUACUGCAGCCAAAACCAAAAGAAAAAAGUGUGACCUUCAACAGCUGAAUGGCAAAGCAGCUUCACAAAUUUCUGUAAACAUUGAAACAGAAGAGUUAACAAACGAAAAGAAGAAAGGACCCAUGAAGGUUCUGAAGAUACCAAUGAAGAAACUGGCACUGAAACCGAAAUCGGAAAGUGGGCUUGAAGAAUUUGAGGAAAAAAUUGACUUGGAGGAACUGGACUGGUGGUCAAAGUACUAUGCAUCUGUGGAGGAGAUGAAGGUUAAAAAAAAUGAAGAAGAAGAAGAGGAGGAAGUUGCUGAGUUGGUUGAUCCAUCGAACCCAUCAGCAAGUGAUGAUGUGGAAAAGGAACUUAAUGGAUCCAAAGAACAAGCUGUCACACGAGGCAAGAAAAACAUUGCAACAUUUCAGAUUUACAACACAGAGCUGGAGAAGCAAUUCAAUUUUCAAGAUUGGCUUUUUAUCUUCCCUCUGUACCGGGGUAAAGCCAAUGAAGAUGAGUUCGAAGAAAAUGCCGAUGAUCGAAUUAUGGGCAAAUGCAAGGGCUCCCUCCUAAUCUACCCAAGCGAUGAAGUGGAAUCUGAUUUUAAGAUAUUACAGGGUAAACCAACUAACAGACCGGUCAAAGUUCUUGUCAGGGUUUAUGUGGUGAAAGCAACUAACCUUGCUCCCACUGACCUGAAUGGGAAAUCCGAUCCUUAUAUUGUGGUUAAAAUCAGUGAACAAGUGCAGGACAGCAAGGAACGGUAUAUCCCCAAACAGCUCAACCCAGUCUUUGGAGAAGUGUUUGAAAUGACUGUUGCAUUUCCAAUGGAAACAGAGCUCACUGUUUCAAUAUUUGAUCAUGAUAUGGUUGGAAAGGACGACUUGAUUGGAGAAACAAAAUUGGAUUUGGAGAAUCGGUAUUACAGUAGGCACCGGGCACAGUGUGGAUUACCAACGCAAUAUGACGUCGAAGGUUACAAUGCUUGGCGUGACUGUCUGAAACCGACACAGAUAUUAAAAAAACUCUGCAAAGAUUUACAAUUGCCAGAGCCUGAAUACAGACUGGAAGAAGUGAAAGUCAGCAACAAAAUAUUCAAGAUCCCCAAUGACUUGCUCCCAAUAGUAGAGAACAAGAAAGGGGAGCAACCUGUGUUGUCCGAUGAACAGAAGGCUUUGUAUGUGUUAAAUCAGUGGGAAGAUAUGCCAGAACAUUCUAUUAAAAUGGUGCCUGAGCACAUAGAAAUCCGACAGCUCCAGAAAUCUGACAAUCCAGGGAUGUCACAGGGCCAAGUCCACAUGUGGGUUGAUAUGUUCCCUGUUGAUUUACCGGCACCUCCACCAGUCAAUAUAAAGCCCCGCCAGCCAAUCAGCUACGAGCUGAGAGUUAUCAUCUGGAACACAGACGAUGUGCCCCUUGAUGAUGUGAAUCCACUGACAGGAGUCCGAUCCAGUGAUAUCUACAUCAAAGGUUGGUUGAAGGGUUUGGAAAAUGAUAAACAAGAGACUGACGUCCACUUUAACUCUCUGACUGGAGAAGGAAAUUUCAACUGGAGAUUUGUUUUUCGCUUUGACUACUUGCCUACAGAGAAAGAGAUUGUUUAUAAGAAGAAAGAAUCCAUUUUCUCCUUGGAGGAAUCAGAGUUUCGUCAGCCUGCUGUACUCGUGCUACAGAUCUGGGAUUAUGAUUUGAUUUCUGCCAAUGAUUUUCUUGGUUCUGUUGAAUUGAAGCUGAAUGAUAUGAUCCGAGGAGCAAAGACAGCUGACCAAUGUACCAUCAAGAUGGCAAAAGAGAAAGCAGGUCCUCGUGCCUCCAUCAUAAGGGGAAAGAGGAUGAAGGGAUGGUGGCCCAUGAUCAAGGUGAAAGAAGCAGAAGAUGAGGAAGAAGAAGAAGACAAUGAAAGCAAGAAGAAGAAGAAAAAAAAGAAAAAGAAGAAAGUAAAAAUUGAGGAUGUUGAGUUUACCGACUGCUCUGGCAACACGUACAUUCUUAGGGGUAAAGUUGAGGCUGAGAUGCACUUGCUCACUCUGGAGGAAGCAGAAAAAAGUCCUGUUGGCCUUGGUCGGAAAGAACCAGAACCACUAGACAAACCCAACCGACCGAACACAUCCUUCAACUGGUUCAUCAACCCAUUGAAGUCAUUUGUAUACUUCAUAUGGAAAAAUUACAAGUGGUACAUUGUUGGCUUACUGGUCAUUGUCAUCCUGGCCCUCUUUAUCUUCUUGAUCCUUUACACCAUGCCUCAGUUCAUCAGUGAGAAGAUCAUCAAUGGCUGAGUCUAUUGCCACUACAACUCCAGCAGCGAUGAUUCCAGCACAAAUUCAACAUAACUCGACUCCAGCACAGCAGUCUCUUCAGAAUUGCAAGUGCAGGGCAGCACUCAGCUACAUUGGGAAAAGUCAUAAUGGGGAUAUCUUUCACAGCAGUAACUGACUCCCAGACAGACAGUUUACCCAAAGUCUUGCAGCUUAUGGCAUUUGAUAAAUGAAAUGGAUAGAAACAAGCAAACAAGCUGCUAUCGUAACAAACAGCAACAGAACCCAAUUGAAUGCUCUUAAAACUGACUGGAAUCACUGCUUGAAUGGAAAGUUAUUUGUCCAUGUUCCAAUAUGACAUAUCAAUGAUUCUUUAUUCCAGUAGACCUAUAGAAAUACUGACCUGCAUGCAAAAGAAUGCAUCAGUAUAAAUGUUAAUAUAUUUUAGUUACAAUUUAUCUGUAAUUCAACAUAGUACAAUUUCCAAUAAAAGUCAAAGACCAAUUAACUAUCUUCUCAUGCUCACCUGUAAUCUAGCUGUUACCAUGAAUGUUAUUUGAUUAUUAUAUAUUUCUAAACAUUAUUGCUACCUAAAUUCUGUAAAAUAUGUGCGAAUUCAUGAAAUAAAAGUCAUCAAUAGUUAAGUA